AGCAUUUUGAACAAGCUCACACCCCAGAUGUUUCAUCAGCUGAUGAAGCAGGUGACGGAUCUCACGAUCAACACAGAGGAGAGGCUGAAAGGAGUCAUCGACCUUGUGUUUGAGAAAGCCAUUGAUGAGCCCAGCUUCUCUGUGGCCUACGCCAACAUGUGUCGCUGCCUGGCUACGCUAAAAGUGCCCACAGCAGACAAACCUAAUAUCACUGUAAACUUCCGGAAGCUGCUAUUGAACCGCUGUCAGAAGGAAUUCGAGAGGGACAAAGUGGACGACGUCGUACUUGAGAGAAAACAAAAGGAGCUGGACUCUGCCACAUCAGUAAUUAUUCAAUAA